AUGGAUGUCAAAGACUUAAUUGAAGAUCUCCAAGCAAGCCUCACUUGCUCCAUCUGCUUGGGCUACUUCAGAGAACCAGUGACUGUCAAUUGUGGCCAUAGCUUUUGCAAAGGCUGUCUUAGACAUUACAGGGUGGGAGCCCAGGAAACCUUAGCCUGCCCAGAGUGCAAAGAAGAUAUUGAUUAUGGCAGGGACCUGGUGAGCAACAGGACCCUGCAGCAGCUGUCCAUCACCACCAAAAUGCUCAGACCUCCUCUAGUACAGGCCCUUGUGGGUCUGAGCACCUGUGAGAAACAUGGAGAAAAGGAGAAGCUCUUCUGUGAGCAAGAACACAGAAUCCUCUGUGAUUCCUGUUCCUUAGCCCCAGAACACAAGGAUCACCAAGUCCUUCCCUUGGAAAAGGUGGCUGCCAAGGCCAAGGAGAAGCUCUUGGAGACACAGAAUGUCUUAAAAAGGAAAGAAGAAUGUCUUCAAGAGGCAUGGGACCAUGUCAUAAAGGCAGAGGCAAGAUGUAAGAAGUAUGCCAUCAAUUCCCAAUGCUUACUUAUGUCUGAAUAUGACAAAAUACAUCAGUUCUUAUGGGAGGAAGAAAGUCUACAAUUACAAAAGUUGGAGCAACAAUUCAGAGGCAACAUGGUGAAAUUUGAGAGGCACAAAGUCAAACUGUCACAAGAAAUCCAAAGUGUGCAACGAGUGCUAUUGGAAAUGGACCCCUUAGAAAUGCUCCAGAGUAUGAAAGACACCUUAGACAAGAGUGAGAAGCUUCUCCAUCAAGAGCCAGAGGUUGUCUCCGAGGACUGGACCAUAUUUCCCAUCACUGGCCAUAGAGAAAUGCUCAUGACCUUCUACAAGGAUAUAACUCUGGAUCCCAAGACAGCCUCCACUCAUCUCGUCCUUUCCGAAGACCUGAAGAGCGUCAAGUACACGAGCAUUCCCCCAGGACCUGCCCAACAACAAAAAAAGAUUUGUUCAUUUGCUGAUCGUUCUGGGGGCCCAGACCUUCACCUCAGUUAUAGGCGAUAG